CUGCGCGACCCGCGCCUCACGGCGGCGCCGGGCGCCGGCCACCGCUUCCAGCCGCGCCGCCGCGGCCCGCACACCUGGUGCGACCUGUGCGGGGACUUCAUCUGGGGCGCGCGCAGGAAGAGCCUCCAGUGCCUGCACUGCAGCUUCACCUGCCACUACCGGUGCCGGGCCCUGGUGCGGCUGGACUGCAGCGGCCCCCGGGGCGCCGGCGGCGAGGCCGACGAUGCCGCCGAGCAGGAGGUGGAGGACACCAACGUGGAUGAUCCUGGCGAGGCCGAGACGCCGGAGCUGGAGCCGGCACAGCUGGAGCAGCGCAUCAAGGAGUACAACAGCCAGAUCAACAGCAACCUCUUCAUGAGCCUGAGCAAGGACGGCUCCUACAGCGGCUUCAUCAAGGUGCAGCUGAAGCUGCUGCGUCCCGUGGCGGUGCCGGCGGCCGCGCGGCCCCCGUGCACGGCCGAGCCGCGGCGGGCACCUCGGCGCCGCGCGUCCUUCUACCUGCCCGAGGGCACGGCCAAGCACCUGCACGUCACGUCGCGCACGCCGGCCGCCCACGUCGUCACCGCCCUGCUCGCCAAGUUCAUGGUGCUCGACAACCCCCGCAAGUUCGCCCUCUUCGAGCGCCGCGAGAGGGACGGCCAAGUGCACGUGCGCAAGCUGGGCGAGCACGAGCGGCCGCUGCGGCUGCGGCUGCUGGCGGGGCCCGGCGAGAAGGCGCUGAGCUUCGUGCUCAAGGAGAACGAGAGCGGBGAGGUGCAGUGGGAGGCCUUCAGCCUGCCCGAGCUGCAGAACUUCCUGCGGCUGCUGCAGCGCGAGGAGGAGGAGCGCGUGCGGCAGGUGCUGCGCAAGUACGAGCGCUGCCGGCAGCGCUUGCGGGAGGCGCUGGCCGCCCGCCUCGGCCCGCCGUGA